GUCCCAUCCCCGCGCGCCGUGGCUGCGGGGCGGUGAGCGGGGAUACCUGCACGCACAAAGGACCGGGAGGGUGUUCCUGCCGCCCCGGAGCCGCCGCACGCCCAGCGGGCAGCGAUGCCCGGGGAAUGCCGGAGGGCGCCCCGUGCCCGUCCCCACGCCCACACGCGGAGUGUCACGGAGGGGUCGCCAGGCCUGGAGAAGCGCCCGCGAGGCGCUGCCGUCACGCCCCCUCCGCCACGGAGCUGGAGCGGAGCGGCGCAGGGGGUGGGACGGGACCGGCGGCGGGCACCUCCCGCGGAGCGCCGGGCCCCGCACCGGGCACGGCGCUGAGUAACCGCUGCCACCCGUCCCAAAUUCCCCGGCGCGGAUUGAGGCGGAGGUGUUGCCUUUAUCGGGUUUUUACCCUCCGACCUCUCUCCUGCGUUUCGCUACCUGCUGCUCCCGCAUGCCGCGGUCCCACCGAGACGCCUGAUCCCGGGGAGAGGCUGCGAACGGGGGUCCCGGCCCGUCCCCUCCGGGUCCCCAGAGAGCGGGAGGGGCCGCGGAAGGAAGAACCGGUGCGCAGCCGGCAGGCAGGCUCCAUGAGGCCAGGGAUGCGUCACGGGACGCGAGGUGGCAGCGCUGAGCCUCUUCUGCCAGACGUGGGACAACGCAGAGCCAGCGAGAUCGCGUCAGCUGUACGCCGCCGGAACAGCAUGCGAGUGAUGCCAAAUCCCGAUGCGGGGGUUAAGGGCAGUGGCACUGAGAGCACCCUUCUCACACACCGGGUCCUGCAGCUUGCCUUGCGCAUGGAGCAAGAGAGAUUGUUCAGGAACAAUACGCUGGACAAAUCUACUGCAGGACUGGGCGCCGCAAGCAUUGAUUCCAGCAUUCCUAUCCCUGGAAGCGUUCAAGACGGGGUUGGAUGGGGCCCGGAGCAACAUGAUCUAGUGGGUGGUACCCUGCCCAUGGCCGGAGGUUUGGAGCUAGGUGAUCUUUAA